AUGCGAGAUCCAAUCGUGGUGAACGCUGGACGUCAUGGUUUCUUCAGACAAAAUUACGACGAACAUGGCUGGAGGAAAAUUGCGAGACAGCUUAUGGAGGACCAUAGGAUUUAUACAUCUCGUACAAGAAACGCCAUUAUUAGUGACGCUUUCGCUGCUGCCGAUAUAGACCAAGUUCCUUAUGCUACAGUGCUCGACCUCCUCAAAUACCUGAAGCACGAAAAAGAGUACGUUCCUUGGGAUGCAGCUCUCAGUGGGCUUGCUUAUAUAGGUGGAUAUUGCAAGAGUGAAGAAGAUUUGGCGACGUACAAG